CGGCCCCGCCCUGCCCCAGGCUCCGCCCCCAGCGCGGCUUUUAAGCUCUUAAAGUUCCUCUUUCGCACCUCAGAGUCUUAGUUUCACCAUUUGAACUUGGAACCCACUGCUGCCCUCGGCUCCGAGUCCGGGGCAAGCGCAGAGAGUACGGAGGCAGAUCCCGGGCCAGAGCAGGACCCUCGGUGCGCUGGGCAUGAACCUGGAGGGCGGAGGCAGCCGAGGCGGAGAGUUCGGCAUGAGCUCUGUGAGCUGUGGCAACGGGAAACUCCGCCAGUGGCUGAUCGACCAGAUCGACAGCGGCAAGUACCCAGGGCUGGUGUGGGAGAACGAGGAGAAGAGCAUCUUCCGCAUCCCCUGGAAGCACGCGGGCAAGCAGGACUACAACCGCGAGGAGGACGCCGCCCUCUUCAAGGCUUGGGCGCUAUUUAAAGGAAAAUUCCGAGAAGGCAUUGACAAGCCAGACCCUCCCACAUGGAAGACACGUUUACGAUGUGCUUUGAACAAGAGCAAUGACUUCGAGGAACUGGUUGAGAGGAGCCAGCUGGACAUCUCAGACCCCUACAAAGUAUACAGGAUUGUUCCCGAGGGAGCCAAAAAAGGAGCCAAGCAGAUUACCCUAGAAGACUCACAGAUGACCAUGAGCCACCCUUAUACCAUGCCGACUCCUUACACCUCACUCCCAGCUCAGCAGGUCCAUAACUACAUGAUGCCUCCUCAUGACCGAAGCUGGAGGGAAUACGUCCCUGACCAGCCCCACCCUGACAUCCCUUAUCAAUGUCCUGUGACCUUUGGACCCCGAAGUCACCACUGGCAAGGCCCAGCUUGUGAAAAUGGUUGCCAAGUAACAGGAACCUUUUAUGCUUGUGCCCCGCCUGAGUCCCAGGCCCCUGGAAUCCCCAUAGAGCCAAGCAUAAGGUCUGCCGAAGCCUUGGCCCUCUCAGACUGCCGACUCCACAUCUGCUUGUAUUACCGGGAAGUCCUGGUGAAAGAGUUGACAACGGCCAGCCCUGAAGGCUGUCGGAUCUCCCACGGGCACACCUAUGAUGUCAGUAACCUGGACCAAGUCCUCUUCCCCUACCCAGAGGACAAUGGUCAGAGGAAAAACAUCGAGAAACUGCUGAGCCACCUGGAAAGAGGUGUGGUCCUCUGGAUGGCCCCUGAUGGGCUCUAUGCCAAAAGACUAUGCCAGAGCAGGAUCUACUGGGACGGGCCCUUGGCAUUGUGCAGUGACCGGCCCAACAAACUGGAAAGAGAGCAGACCUGCAAGCUGUUUGACACACAACAGUUUUUAUCAGAACUGCAAGCAUUUGCUCACCAUGGCCGUCCACUGCCAAGAUUCCAGGUAACUUUAUGCUUCGGGGAAGAGUUUCCGGAUCCCCAGAGACAAAGGAAACUUAUUACUGCUCACGUUGAACCUCUACUGGCCAGACAGCUCUAUUAUUUCGCUCAGCAAAACAGUGGACACUUCCUAAGGGGCUAUGAUUUACCUGAACACAUGAGCAGUCCAGAGGAUUAUCACAGGUCCAUUCGCCACUCCUCCAUUCAAGAAUGAGAAACGUCCAGUGAUUCUGCUUCAUUGUAAAUAUCUGACUAUGACAACACAGCUGAUUGAACCCUCUUCAUUUUUGUUGUUGUUGUUGUUGUUGUGUUUUGACAACACUUGAGAAAAAUGUCAGCAGGAAUAUGUGUAGAAAAUCAGCUCUAUCUGAUUGACAGACAAGCUUAUUCCAAAUGAACGGAUGGUGGUCUUAAUGGUCUCCCGUAGAUUGCCAACAUUGGUGAUAACUGUGAAAUUAACCAAAGGGUGUGUUUACAUUCACUGAAAUGCUAUAUUUUAUUUGAUGUGGAUUAUUUCUUGAAGACUGAGAAAACUUGUGUUUCAGUGUUGACCACUAAUAGAGUGAUCAAAGCACUUAAGUGUUGUAUUAUUUCUCAGGGAAGUAAAAUCUGAAUUUGAGGCUACUCUGCUCACAAAAGAAACAAAUUAAUACAUGUGGGAGGUAUUCCUGCUGUAGAAAAUGCUUGCUUAUAAAAAAAAAAAAAAAAAAAAAAAAAAGGAGUCUUUGACUGAAGUUGGGCCACAGUGCCUCCAGCUUUUGGGUGGCCCAUCUCCCCAGCUGGCCUGGGUCUCACCCCAGGGUAGCCCCCCACUCCUGCCAUUCACUCCCUGUUUGAUUCCCUCUCAGGUGCCCCGAAAGCCAGUUGGUAGAAUCUGUUGCUAUCUUCUUGAGCCAAAAAGCAUUAGGGCUACCCUUGAGUGGUACUUUUUUUUAAAUUCAUAUAAAAUUGCUACAUAACAUUAUAUAUGUUUUAGGUGUACAGCAUUCUAAUUUGACAUCUGUAUGCACUACAAAGUGAGUGACCAUCCUGAAAAGUCUAGUUAGCAUGUUUCACCGCAUAAUUGAAACCCUUCAUCCAAUUCACGCCUUCGUCCCAACCCUUUCCUCUCUGGUAACCACCAAUCUGUUCUCUGUCUAUGAGUUUGUUUUUAUUUGGUUGUUUUGUUUUAAUAUUCCACACAUAAAUGAAAUGAAAUGGUA